UCAUUCCGAGUAGAUUGCCCGCGCGGGUAGAACGGUCACCAUGUCUUCCUAGCCCCAGCCCGUAUAGCUCCCCUGCUGUUCUUCCCCAGUGCUGUGUAAAGUGAAGUGUUUGUGUCUUGUGAAAGGAUUACUUUGGUUUCAAUAGGCUUUUAAUAGAAACUAAUCCACGAUGUCGGUGUUUGCAAUGGCGUCAUCGGUGGCGGGCUUCGUCAAAGUCCGCUACCUGAUGGACAAAGCCAUCAUAGACAACAUGGUGUUCAGGUUCCACUAUAGAGUGACGAGUGCGAUCCUCUUUGUAUCCUGUGUACUCGUAACAGCCAACAAUCUAAUAGGAGACCCAAUAGCCUGUAUCACGGAUGGUGCAGUCCCAGGCCAUGUCAUCAACACUUACUGUUGGAUUACGCACACGUUCACACUGCCGCACCAACAAGGGAAGCCUGUCGGCACCCACGUAGCACAUCCUGGUGUCGGGGACUUUGUACAGGGUGAGGACGAGACCCGCUACCACUCAUACUACCAGUGGGUCCCGUUCAUGCUGUUCUUCCAGGGUGUCCUGUUCUACAUCCCCCACUGGGUCUGGAAGACUUGGGAGGAGGGGAAGAUCCGGAUGAUCACUGACGGCAUCCGAGGAGCCAUUGUGGGGCCCAAGGAGGAUCGUAGAGACAGACUCAGCAGGCUGGUCCAAUACUUCAUUGACACUCUACACAUGCACAACGUCUACGCCAGCGGCUACUUUGUGUGCGAAGCUCUUAACUUUCUCAACGUCAUUGCCAACAUGUUCAUGAUUGACGCGUUCCUCGGAGGAGCGUUCUUCACUUACGGCACAGAUGUUAUCAAGUUCUCUCAGCAGGACCAGGAGAACCGCACAGACCCAAUGGUUGCAGUGUUCCCUAGAGUCACUAAGUGUACAUUCCACAAGUUUGGUCCGUCAGGCAGCAUCGUACGUCUCGACGCUCUCUGUGUUCUCGCUCUCAACAUUCUCAAUGAGAAGAUCUACAUCUUCCUCUGGUUUUGGUUUAUCCUGCUGGCUUUCAUGUCAGGAGCAGCCCUUGUCUACAGUUUAACAAUCCUCUUGCUGCCUUCCAUCCGGGAAACCAUCCUGAUCCGGCGCUUCCGCUUUGGCACACCGGCCGGCGUUUCGGCUCUCAUCCGUAAAACUCAGGUCGGUGACUUUUUGCUGUUGCACCUCAUCGGCCAAAACCUCAACAUGAUGAUGUUUGGUGAGCUGUUGGAUGAACUGAGCCGUAAACUACAUCUUGGUAACAACAUUCCAACAGCUCCGUCAACUCUGGAGUUGUCACCUAUCUACCCCACGGACAAACUACGACUGCACAAAGAGACUGAAGCUUGAUCUUAAACUAGAUCGUACUAACUGAUCUACGUUGGUAGUAGUUGCAUUUGGCCUAAAAAAAAUGUUUCUAAAUUUUUUCCCAAUGUUUAUCAUGAUUGAAUGAAGUUAAGGUCAUGAAGGGUCAAAUUGUAAUUCCAAUCUAGGCCUUAUGGAAAGAUGUUUUUGAAAUCGUGAGAUGCUGUACCUAUGUCAAAUAGGUUAGUUGAUCAAAUAGCAAUAAUUUUCCUGUAUUUAUUUUUUGAUCCGACUUAAAUCAGCGUUUCAACUUUCAAUGGCAGCUUUCUAAUUAACAUGAACAAUAUAAGUGAUAAGCUUUAUGACUGAUAAGGCGGUUAAAAAGAAUGAUCUCUAGAAUCUGUUGCGCAGAUGUCAAUGUAUUGAAUCGGACAUUCCGUUUUGUUGAUUACAAAAAGUAUUUUACGUUGAGGGGGUUACUCGGGGAUAGUAAAAGUUGAUAUUAUAUAGAUUACACAAUAUUUUAUAUGUGUUUAUAUAGAAAAACAGUAUUUCCCGAAUCAAAAUGUACAUUAUGUUUUUCUCCAAAUACACUUAGCUUCCAUGAGUCUUCCAUGUUCUUCUGGCAUCACUUUAAGAAGAAUAUUUAUGUAUUUAGUCAUGUAAGUGUUUAUUUUAUUGAAGGCGAGAAUUACAACAUAUCAAUGUUAGGUCUGCUUUGCUUUACAUUUUGGUUUGUUAAGGACUGAGAAGCACUUGUUCAUUUACACUUUAGUAUUUUAUGUAGAUUGUCUUUACUUUUCAUAGAAUAAUAGGUAAUUAUACUCGGUUAGUUAGUGUUAAGAGUCUAGUUUCACAGGAUGAGAAUGUGAUAGCAGAAUUAAUUAAACAUUCCACAUAAAAAGACAACGAAAGGCUCAAUGUGUAUUUUUCUAUUUAUAGUGUAAGAAAAUAGAUUCUCUCUCCAUUUGUUAUUAGUAAGUUUUGUACUCAAUAUGUUCUUAUUGAAUAGUGAUAAUAUCCAAUAAUUGUAUAUUCAAAAGCGCUAUUAAAGUGAAUUUUAAAAUGAA